UUUUCUUAUAAAUCUAGUUUAUCUGGUUGUGAUACUUUUAAUUAUUCUAUUACUAAUGUUAUCAUCACUGUAAAAACAAGACAAGUAUUACCAUGUGAUCAUGUGUAUCAUAACAAAUACUUCAGUCAGGACAGAUUCAAGUGCUUGCAUUGUUUAGAUUAUGUUAAGGAUGAUGUUGACAAGCAUGUUCAAUUACUUUUGGUAGCCUAUGUUUACUUAAAUCAAAAAAAUAAUGUUGAAAACGAAAAGCUUGAUGUUAUUUCUGAAGAAGAUAAUGAUACUAAAGAAUCUGCCGAUAGCAUUUUAGCUCCUUAG